AUGGCGAAAGCGGCCACGGCGCAGCCGCAGAGCAUGGCGCGAGGCGUCGCAGCGGGCGUGUUGCGGGCGACAUCGGCGCGAACGGUGACGACAUAUUCUGCGCAGUCCCAGAGAACAGCGAGAGCGGUCAUGGCCCACACAUCCACGAGCAGACACACGCCGCGCACCCUGCAGUGGCUCAGCCAGAGCUGGAGUCGCCGCCUCUAUUCAACACAGUAUCAGCAGCCGCAGUUUAGCCGCGGCGAUAACAAGGCGACCGCCAUCUACGCCACGGCUUGGAUCAUCAUGAUCUUGGGCUUCUCCUACGCAGCCGUGCCGCUCUACAGAGCCUUCUGCCAGGCAUGGCGUGCCACUGGGUAUGGCGGUACGGUGAACAAGCACGACAACGAUAAGAAAAAGGUUGAGGACAUGGUGCCUGUGGAAGAUCGACAAAUCACCGUCAGGUUCAAUGCCGACACGAGUGCCACGAUGCCGUGGUCGUUCAAGCCACAACAGAAGGCAGUCACUGUUGUUCCUGGCGAGACAGCGCUUGCGUUCUUCACCGCCUCCAACCCCACGGAUGAGGCCAUCACAGGCAUCUCCACAUACAACGUCGUCCCCUUUGAGGCAGGGCAGUACUUCAACAAGAUCCAGUGCUUCUGUUUCGAAGAGCAGCGAUUGAAUCCAAACGAGGAGGUGGAUAUGCCCGUCUUCUUCUACAUCGACCCGGAGUUUGCAGAGGACCCAAACCUCAUGCGGAUUAAUGACAUUACGCUGAGCUACACGUUCUUCAAGUCCACGAGCACCGUGUCCCCCAUCGUGCCACCAGAACAGCGGCAGCUGCAGCAAGAACAGGCCUCAACAGCAUAA